GAGGAAAGUCAGUGUGAAAGGAGAGAGUCCUAGUCUCAGUUGUAUCCCAAAAGUGUUGAGAGACAUCUAUGCGUCCAGGAAUAUGCACCCCAUCCACGUUCUGUUACUGGGGUUUGUCCUGGGUGUGUUGGCGUACCAUGGGUCUGCAGAUAGGAAUGUACUGCAAAAGAGAGGAGUGGAAACGACGAGGAAGAUAAACGGGCAACCGACGAGGCGGAGGACACGUCCCAACCAUUCCGCUCCGCCAUACGCGGUUCAGAUGGAACCGCUUGUCAAAUAUUCACAAAGGGAUCCUUUAUACCACCAAAAAAUAAAUAACAAUUCGAUAGAAAGCACCUCCCGGGGUGACCAUGAGCCAGAACCUAGCAAUAACAUUGCCGAGGUAGCGAGUCCGUACGGAUAUGAACAGCAUCCGUACCAUCCCCAUUAUUACCAAGAACCCGAGCCUAUAAUUGAAAUCAUAAUAAAAGAGUCUAACGAAAGCCUGCCAGCGCCUACGCCACCUUCGACCCUUCCGCCUCCACCGUCGACAAAAGAACCGGUUCAUGUAUUUUACGUGAAAUACAAGAAAAACCCUUAUUCGACGGGCAAAGACGGAGAGGCGGACGUCAUUUACGAAAAACCCGUACCGGCUCUGACUUCACAUCAGAGUGAUAUAAUCGAAGAGGACCAUCAUACACCCGUUCAGACUGAACCGCCGUCUUACAAUUAUGCGACGGCAGCGCUUCCUCCUAGCACGACACUCAGGACUAUUAUCAGGCCCGAUUCCGAGAUAUACCAUGGUUCUGGGCUGAAAGUAACUUUCGAAAAUCCUAGUCAUCAUCAAUAUGACAGAAGUGAAGUUGAACUGGACGAGAGUGCGUCUGAGCCGGAGGUCGUCGCACCUGAACAAGACGAAGCGCAGAAACGAGACUCUGUUGAAAUCCCUCAGAAGACACAUCAGUACAAGAGACAGCAAGGACCGUACAUCCCGCAAUAUCAACCUCAGCAACCGAGCGAUCAACAGUAUCACCAGCCACCACUUGCCCCUCAGCAGUUUGUAAAUCCUCAAGCUAGACACCCAGGUGCUCAAGGAAGCGACGUCCGCCACCCUCCUCCAUUCACGAGAGGAAACCACAAGCACUCUUUCCCUCAACAGCCUUCUAAGCCGACAUUCCGUCCUCAGCACACCGCUGCAAUAUUCCAAAGACCUCAACAAUUCCGAGAGUCCGUGAAUCAAGGGCCUCCUCAGCAUUUAGGGCCCAACCAGCACUCUUUAAACCAUCAACCUCCAAACCAACCUCCUCAGCAACAUUUUCCCGAUUUAACACAUAAAUCGAGACCACAGCAUCCUCCGCCACAGACCAAUUUUAAACAAAAUGGGCCACCUACGCUAAAUUACCAGCCCAAUAAUUUCGCAGACAGCAAUCAACAAAGGCAGCAGUUUCAGCCGACGUUAGCUGCCCAAAUCGAACAAUAUCAGCAACAUAAACAGUUUUUAUACCAGCAGAAUUUAAGACAUCAAGCUCUUCAACAGCAACAAGAGCAACAACAAAAUAGUCAAUUAAAUCAUCGACCGAAUCCUACACCUAGUAGACCUCCGACAAGUCAAACUCAAAUCGAAUAUUCCCAGUAUAAAUCACAACAACCGAUUCAUGUGCAAUCUUCGGUACAGUUUCAAAGAAAUCAGCAACAAUUCGUUCAUCAUCAAAAAGAAGCUUUGCCAAAACCUCAACAGUAUACCUUCUCGCCUCAACAACAGCCCGUCCAUAAUGACGUUCACUCCAGUCCGAAGACGUCUUAUGUAACUUUACCGCCGCAGUCUCAAUCACACCCGUCAUUCCAACCUCCCUUCAGCUCACCUUCUUCAAGCCAGCAACCUUCUUUCCAACAAAACGAACGGCCAUCAUUCUCUAACAGCCAUCAAACAAAUACUAAACCCCCUCCCUUCUCUCAAAAUCAGCAGCCUGUUUUCGGGCAGAAACAGACAUAUUACCAGAACCACCAAAGCCAAGUUACUCAAAACAAAGACGUUCGUAUUACAGAACAGAGCGGAAAGUCGUCGCCAUCUUUCAGUGGAGGUGAAAUUGUUAAAUCGAUUUCCCAGCUUGAAGCCCAUCAGAUUCAACCAGCGCAAAAACCAUCAAAUAAAUUAAACUACAACCAGCACAAAGAAGAACAAACAAUCAACGACUACAAUCAUAAUUCCCAAAUAUUCACCAGUCCAGACAGUUUCAAAACACAACACCAACAGCAAUCCAAUCAGCAGGACUAUAGGCUACAGGGAAGGUACAAACCCCAAGAAACCUACAGUUCCCAACAAAGCUACAAACCCCAAAGUAGCUACCAGCCUCAAGACAGCUACACACCACAACAAAGUCACCAAACACAAGAAAGGAAUAAACCAGACAGCUACAAGCCCGAGAAUCACAGAUACCAACCAGUGUAUACUUCCUCCACGCCGAAACCGAGACCGACCUUCACUUCAAGAACUAGUACAGCCGUUCCACAUACAAAAAAUAAAGUAUUUUCUUUAGUUCCUUCAAGUACGGAGUCGACGGAUUCGAACGAAGACGUUUAUGAAUCCUCGAAAGAAAAACAGCAAGAGCUGGCGAAGAAAGAAGACGAGAAGAAAAAGGCCAACCUCGCUGUGCUGCCCGAUGAAGUUCCGGACGACCUCAGGCAACAGCUUCUUUCAUCCGGUAUUCUCGGAAAUGCCGACAUACAAAUAUUAGACUACGAUAAAGUCGGUGAUAUCCCAAUUGAAAGUCUGCCACCGGAAGCGUUGGAGAAUUUUUACGGGGCCGCUAGCGAUCCUGUUCCUUCCAUUGUCAAACCUGACAGCCCUCCUUCUCAAAAACAAGUUGAAAUGAAAGUUGUCCGAUACGAUCCGAACACUAAAGAAGGUCAGAGUGUUGCAGAUACAUACGUGAGAGAAGACGCGACGCAGUUGGACCCAGUCGUCCUCAACGACACGCGCUACAACAGAUAUUUACCGUUGAAAGUGAGUGGUACACAGUUUCCGAUUCCAGAUGUUCCUCAACUAAAAGGCCGGAUCGUUAACAGUGUAGUAGUGCUCGCUCCUGUCGACUAUGACUUUAUACAGACGCAAGACCAGACGCCGGAGAUCGACAGAUCUGGAAAAGCCGUCCAAGUCCAGAGUGUGCGAUUUCUCGCUGGAGACAGUCUUAAAACGGUUGUGAAAAGCCCAACAAUGGAAAACUAUAAAAACUGGCUUGAAAAGGAGAAAGAAACACCCACCGAAAAGCAAUCUGUUGUACUUCUCGUCACCAGAUCAAUGGAAGAGGAAAAGGACAAAGACACAGAAAUUUACAUGUACGAUAUCUCGACUGAAAAUGUUAGCAAACUAAGGGGAGAACUUAGUUCAGCAUUUGUUGAAGUUGCUCAAUCCAACUCAGAAAGUGAAGAAAUUGAAGAACUUGCACCACAAAUCACCCAGACGGAUACGCCUGCAUCACAAUUGUAAAUAACUGUUUAGAAAAAAAAAUUGAUUCCUCAUCAAUUCAAACGGCUGAUAGUCCAAGUUCCCUAUGCCAAAAAAUACUGUAAAAUGAGAUGUUUAAAUAUUUGCUUUUUAUAAUAAAUUUUUUUAACAA